AUGCAGACCACAUGGGUGAUGCUGAUCUGCCUGGCUGGAGGGCAGCUUUCAAGUGCCACACUCUGCAAGACCUAUGGAACCAUCCCAGGCAUCCCAGGGUCACCAGGACAGCCUGGCAGCAAUGGCAGAGAUGGGCAGAAUGGCCAAAAGGGCGCACGAGGUCCCCCUGGCCAGGUGGAGCACGAAGGAGACAUGGGGGAGAUGGGAGACCCAGGAGAGCCGGGCCAUCCUGGGAAGAUUGGCCCCAGGGGACCCCCGGGUUCAAAGGGAUUACCAGGUCCCAUGGGACCCCCUGGCCCUCAGGGGGACUCUGGUGACUACAAGGCCACCCUCAAGUCUGCCUUCUCUGCUGCCAGGACCAUCGGCUCCUACCCACGCCGGGACCAUCCCGUCCGCUUUGACCGCAUCAUCACCAAUGAGAAGGGCCACUAUGAGAACCGGUAUGGCCGCUUCAACUGCCGAGUCCCAGGCAUCUACUACUUCACCUACCACGUCACCUCCAGGAGCAACCUGUGCCUCAGUGUGAAAAAGGGCUGGGGUGGCAGCAGGGGUGAGAAGGUGGUGACCUUCUGUGACUACGUGCACAGCAGCUACCAGGUCACCACAGGUGGCGUGGUCCUCAAGAUGGCAGUGAAUGAGUCUGUCUGGCUGGAACCAACAGAGAAGAACUCCCUGGUGGGGAUUGAAGGGUCUGACAGCAUCUUCUCUGGCUUCCUGAUCUUCCCUGAGGCUUAA